GGAGGCUUUAUAUCUUUAAAUUUGGUUCUCGCAUAGUUUUAGGGAUACAUUAUAAAAUACCGUGCAGAUAUUUUUAGAAUGGACGACUUUUUAAAAUUUCUAGGGAACAUGAGAAAGUGAAAUAUCCACGUUUUUAACUGGAUUGGGAGUGGCAGAGAGUGAUAUACGAGGGAUUUGUCAUGGAAACCAAAACUCUUUUAAUUCUGUUGGCUGUUAUGAUCGUUUAUGUCCUGAUCGGAGGAGCCAUUUUAUACGGGAUUGAACAUACUAAUGAAGAACAAACACAGACCUCAGCUUCUUCUACUUUCUUCAAUUUCUCCGGAACUGUCAGUAGUUGUGUGACCACCGCUCAGGUCCGACAAUUCGUACAAGCUGUUAUACAGGCCUAUGAUGAGGGGGUCCUAGUGACGGACACAGAUACCUCCGCAUCUCAGUGGGACUAUGCCAGCUCAACCUUCUUUGCCAUGACCGCCGUCACCACAAUAGGUUACGGAAACCAAUCGCCUGCUACGGGUGGCGGGAAAGCUUUCGUUUGCAUCUUCGGUUUGUUGGGAAUACCGAUGAUGGCGUUGGUGUUAUCCGGACUUGGUGAAAAGUUAGACGAUUUAUUAAAGCCACUAAAAGACAAAGUGUUAAUUAAGAAAAAUGAGAAAUUAGAUCAAGUGGUAAAGACGGUGCUUCUAAUUUCAUUAAUUUUCAUUGUGAACUCUUUAAUCCCCGCUGCUAUUUUUUCUGCCAUCGAGGGCUGGUCUUUCGGAGAUUCUGUAUACUAUACCAUAAUCACACUCACAACGAUCGGAUUUGGAGACUUCGUUAUAGGAACAUCCGAUUCCGACUACCGUAUACCAUACAAACUACUGUGUAGUUUGUGGAUCCUAGUAGGGCUAGCCACUGUAGCAUUGAUAUUGUCCAAUGCUCAAGACUUGUACAAGAGAAUGUCGCUCAAAGGAGAGAAGAAAAUAGCCAAAAAGGAUGAUUCUGAGAAAUCUGAAGAAAAAGGCAAAGAAGAUGGUUCAUUAGAAAUCAUAGAACCUGUCAAAGCUUAAGGGAGUGUAUCUAGCCAAUUAAGGAAGAUAACUUAAAUUUGCUGUACUAUGUCCAGUGAAUUUGACAUAAUUUUCCUUAGAUGAGGAAUUAUUGGAUUAAUAUGUUAUAAAAAUAUUUAAGUACUCUUCUUCAAAAGCUCUUUUUAUUACUGAAAUUUUAUAGCCCCAAAAUACGAAUACUAGUAUUUGAUUCAAGGAGGGAGAAUAUUAUAUUACAGUAGGGGCGAGGUUUUAAUUCUUUAACCUCGCAUUUAAUGCAAAUAAAACUCAAUCAAGAGACAAAAAUUAAAGGUUGCCUCUUAAGGAAGAUCAGUCUAGUCACUAAAGAAAACUGUUUGUUUUGGAUUUUGAGAAAACUAUCACACAAAGGUGUAUAUGCUGAAAUUAUCUAGUUCAUUUUCAACAUAAGGUACCAGCCAUAGCAGGUCACUUUAACUGGUAAUACUGCCAUGGAAUUUGAACUCUACAGUGUGCAGUGUUAAGAGCUUCCUUAAGUAUAUGUAUGUCAAUUUACAAGUUCUUUGUUUUAAAAAAAUGCCGCCUU